CGCGAGAAUGACGACGGGUGACGCCCGUGCGAGAUAAUGGCUUCUUCAAGACAAGGGUUUACCUCUGCCCUUCGUGGCGUCACCAGGACACUCAAUGGCAAGAGGCCGCCACCGCUCGAACAGCAAUUCUGGUCCCUACGGCUGAACGGCGGCUCGAGACGCCUGUCCACCGAGCCGGCCCCGGCCGAGACGAGCCUCUCCAUCACUGCCGCCGAAGAGAUCGACAUCAAACAACUGGCUAAGCGCUACCGGAUCGCCCAACAUGCCCGCGCGGUCCCCGUGUCCGCGUCGUAUUUUUCGCGUACGCCGACCUUCAACGACCGCUAUCUCGCCCUCGACAAGCUGGCCAGGACCUACAGCAAUCUUCCCGUGGUUCCACCGGCCGACGCGGAGCAGGUUGUUUGGAAGAGCCUGCCAGAUCUUAGGCGGUCGAUCGGCGAGCCGGUGAAGGCAACCGACUACGUCAACUGCCUCGCGAUCCUCAAGAGGUUGCAUCAAAUCCACCCCGACCUGAAACCGGAUAUCGUGAAGGAAGCGCUCGAGGACUUCAAGCGAGACGUGCAGGGGUUCCUCAAUCGCCCUGCUCCGAUACCCAUCGACAAGUUUGGGCGAGCGCUAGGAGUUGGCAAGCGCAAGUCUUCAACGGCUAGGGCAUUUGUUGUUGAGGGCGACGGCCAGGUUCUGGUCAACGGAAAGACGCUGGCGGAUUAUUUUGGCCGGGUGCAUGACAGGGAAAGCGCGGUUUGGGCUCUGCAUGCGACGGAUCGCAUUGACAAGUACAAUGUGUGGGCACGAGUUGAGGGGGGCGGCACCACCGGUCAGGCGGAAGCGCUCACCCUGGCGAUUGCGAAGGCUCUGAUAGCCCACGAGCCUGCUCUGAAGCCUGCGUUGAGGAAAGCCGGCUGUGUCACCCGCGACCCAAGGAGAGUGGAGAGGAAGAAGCAUGGGCGUGUCAAGGCCAGAAAGGGACCUACAUGGGUCAAGAGAUAGUUCUGGCCAAGCGGGCCGCUGUGCGCUUUUGGGUUUGCAUGGACCUGGUCUCCCUAGCAGGUCCCCCUAGAGAUGGUUACUGUCCAUGUUUUCCUUGUUGUCAGCACUGUUUCUGUAACAACCGAAUCACAAAUGAUUGUACAAUACAAGGCAUCGAGCUUGCU